AUGAUGCGCUACGUCUUCCUGGACUACGGCCAUGUCGUCGCAGACACCAACGCUCACCGGCUGCGCGGUCCGUUCGCCCUUCACGGGAAAAUGAUUCUCAAGUCGUGCUGCAAGAAGCACAACACGGUGCCGGAGAAGCUGGUGGCCAACGGCAUGGAGCACAUGUGGAUGCGCGACCCGGAGAAGAAGCAGCACCGCGUUGUUGUCAUUCACUUCCACGGCGGAGGCUACUGCAUCUCGGACCCGCUGCAGGACGUCGAGCUGGCGAACGAGGAGCACACGAAGCUCAAGCAGAUUCUGAAGGAGCAGUACCAGCUCGACGUGUCUGUGGACGUGUUGCUGGCGAACUACCGCAUGGCUCCGGAGUUCCUGUACCCAACGUCAUUGAAUGACUGCUUCGACAUGUACAAGUAUGUACUGGAGCAAGAGAGCAUUGCUCCCAACCACAGCGGUGACAGUGCUGGAGCCGAGAUGUCCAUGACGAACUGCAUGCGACUGCGCAAGGAGAGCCCAGAGCUGCAACCUGCUGCGGCUCUGUGCUACUCGCCGGUGGUGGACUUCAGCGAGACCGGUCAUGACGAGAAGACGCCGUAUUGCAUCCUGGCUGCCAAUUUCGCCGACGGUUGCUUGGCUACAUACCUGCGCAACGUGACGGACCCGGAGGAGCGUCGUCUGGUGUCGCCGAUCAACCACAGUCUGCGUGAUCUGCCCCCGAUCUUCCUGCAGUGGGGCGACCUCGAGCGGUUCUACGAGCAGGGCAUGAGGUUCAAGGCCAAGGCGGAAGCGGAAGGUGUGACGAACAUGGAGUUCGACAUCCUGAAGAACAUGGUGCACGACCCGGUGAUGCUCCCGACAGCGGUGAGCCCUGCCACGGGGAAGGCGAUUCGGAACGGAUGUGCCUUCGCAGCGAAGCACCUGGCGCCGGUGCUGCGCGCAGAGGUAGAGGUUGUAUGA